GUGCUGUCGUCACCGCCCACGGUCCACGUCCCCGACCACCACCACCACCUCCGACCUUGCCCUACCACCCCGUUCACCGCCGCCCAUCAUGGUCCAGGUUGAGAUUGUUGACGAAAAGGACCCGCAGUACGCCUCCGACGAGUCCUCCGCCGCCGACUCGGACGACGACCUCGAGUCUGUCACAUCCGACGACGACGAGCGCGACGAGACGCUGCUCGACCGCAUUGCCGCGCUCAAGGACAUUGUCCCGCCAAGCACACGCCUCGCCGUCGCAAACAACGUCAGCAAGGCAGGCAGCUUUGUGAAGGGCACGGGGAAGGUUGUCGGCAACAUCGUCUGGGUGCUGACCACGUCUGCGCUGCUCAUUGCCCUUCCACUUGGUCUCGCGCUCGAGGAUGAGGCGAAGCUGGUCGCGCAAGAAAAGGAGAUGUUCGAGCAGCAGCAGGGCACGCAGGGCAUGAUGCCGACCAUGUACCCGCAAGCUGAUCAACCGAAGGGCAUUGUCCCUCCAGGUUUCUAGGCGCCUUCGCCCUGCUCCUCCAGUCCCCUCGUGAUCCCACAGGCGCCGGCCGGCCCCGACUCACGACCCUCUUACUUUACAUGACAUGUAAUAUAUGCCCACUGCAACGCGCUACUCACCUCUGCACACAAUCCCUGUUAUUUCUGUACGCCUCAAGAGGAUAGCACGUUGGCUCACAAGGCCAAAUCAUGUGCGCUUCUGUCAAG